AUGUCUUCCCCCUCUUCGUCCCCUUCAAAACCCAUCGUCCCUUCUUCCGCACCCAAGUCUCUUCCAGAUAUACCUUCUCCUCCCGCAUUACCACCCAAACCUACUCGUCGACGACCGGACCAACCGAUCAAAGGCAUCCUCAAACCUCCACCUCCCCCAGCAAAGCCGUCUCUGGGAAAUCGACUUCGAGAUAUGGUCGUCAACGUGGGAGGUAGUGCCAAAUCGUUUUUUGACCCUCUAGCCGAAGACGUCUAUGGAGACUUUAGCUCCCUCAGGCCGGCGAAUGGACCGACUCCCACUGCUUCUUCUUCAUCUCAAUCUCAACUCAUUAGUGGUACCUUGAACGCUCUGUCCGGCAAGAUCGGACUGGGAUUCAGUCGCCUGGUAGCUGGCACAAGCUCCCCUGGUCCUUCUACACCUGGCGGAUCUCCAGCGGUGAGAUCGACCUCGCUGCCUGAUACUGGUCAAACGGUCCCACCAAUGUCCGAGAAGAGUAGGCAGAAACAACCUCUGAAAAGGGCGACUUUCGUGCUUCCCUCCCUGAGCAUCACAUAUCCCAUAAGCUCACAGGGCGAGCCCUGGAGCAUCAAGGUCAUUGAAGAUCGUGACCGGAUAGAAUCUAUUCAUCGAAACCUCGUCACAUCCGCAGUCGGCGCUCAAUAUUGGACUUCAGAGCGACUGGUCGCCUUGUACGAGUCGGCCUGUCGGGGGAGAGAAGAGCGACCACGCGUUGGGAUUGUGCGGACUCUUGAGAUGCUACCUCCUCAUCCUCGACCACGUCACUUCUAUCUGACCCUUCGUCAACUCGAUACCGCAGGGCGGAAUUCCACCCCUUCUCCUCACGCCCUCGAUGCUCCUCUGAACCGUCACGCAGCUGAAGCAUUUGCUGAUGUCCUCGCCAUUGAAUGGGGGCUGGUGGAACUCAAGUUGGAGAAUGGAGUAUUGGAGAGUGAAGAUGCCCUCAAGCCUAUCUUACAUGCACUUCUGGUCAGCGGGAAUUUGCCUUCUUUGAGUCUGGCGGGGAAUAAGAAGAUCCGCAGCGGAGGUUGGAGACUAUUGGGUGUAUUCCUCAAGAAGGCUCGCUCCCUUAAAGCUGUCAACUUGUCAGACACCACUUGGGAUCGGAAAUCCGUGGAAGGCUUGCUUCAGGCUUUACACUGUACUUCGCCACCGACUAAAUCAGAAGCACAGGUGCCCGAUCCUUCUAUUCCCAAUGAUCUAUCCCAUACUUCUGACCCUCCUGACAAGAAGGAAGGGGAGAUCACGGAGUCGCCCGACGAAAACCAUUAUGGUACAUUCAUCCCUCCAGCGCCACUGCUCAAAGAUGUGGAAGAGACCGACUUGCCUGCAGCAGUCCAAACUUUACGUCUGGAUGGCUGUGGUCUUCGAGGAGCGACUUUGGAGGCUCUAGCACAAGGUCUACGGUCGUCCGACAUUAGAAAUCUCUCCCUUCGACGUAAUCGCAUAGGUCCACUCGGAGGGGUGUCAUUAGCCCUCAUGAUUCGCGACUAUCCCGAUUCCGCUCUGUCCUCUGUUUCACCAUCGAAUACGACUGCGCCUUCAAACAACAGUUCACCUUCUGUAUCUCUCAAUUCAACACUUUCCACCCCUGCAUACGCCGCCUACGUCCCACGCAGUCGACGUCCAGUGAAUCAUGACGAUAACCUCCCCCCAAUCCCACUGGUCACCUCUUCUCCCGCUGGUGGCAUCACCACUCGUACCGUUCCUGAAGGUUACAAGCCUCCUCCUCCUCCAAAGUACCCCUUGGUCAUGCCUGCAGCAGGCAACUCGCCCAUGCAGUAUGGUCCACACUCGGUACUGGACCCUACUCCGGCCGAGGGAAGGCUUUCCACGUCUGACCUGGGAGGGGCGAGUGUGGCUUUGCAACGAAGUGUACGGGCUUUGGACGGCGUGGAGAGGAUUGGACGGUUGUUGACUCUGGAUCUGAAGGGGAAUGAUCUGAAGACUGGAGUCAAUUAUAUCGCCCAAGUCCUGAAGAGAAAUAGAACUUUGAAGGUCUUGAAUCUCAGUGACAACAAGAUUGAGCCGUCCGGUUUACUGGCCUUGGCUGAAGCUCUGAAAUACAAUUCUACACUAGAAACUCUCGAUCUAAGCUCUAAUCCAUGUUGUGGUCCUGCUCUUGAUGGUGUAUCGGCUUUACGGACAGCAUUCACAGUCAACACCACCCUCAAACGGCUGUUCAUAUCCGACACCUCUCUCACUACAGAAGGUUCCAUCUUUCUAGCUGAAUUUCUUCCCGAAUCUAAAUCCCUUCUUCAUCUUGACCUUACCUCCAACCCCUCUAUCGAACCCGCAGGUAUUCUCGCACUUUCCGUUGGAUUGAAAAACAACUAUCUCAUCCGAUGUCUUGAUUUGUCCAUCCCUCCCAAUCAACCUGAUCUUGCAGAAUUAUCCCAGGGAAUAUUACAAAGUUGUAUCCGCAAUACCGAAUCAGCGGCCGGUACGAAAGAAUCAAGUAAAGAAGCGGUUUGGGCACCUAUCAAACGAUCUGUAUUGGUAAGACAUGUACGAGAAUCCGAAGAAAUGCGUUUAGAGAAAGAAAGAGAACAACAAGCUUUAUCUCCUCAAGGUCAAGCUAGGGAAUAUGUCUACACUCUUCAACCUCCCCGUAUACCCAUCAUCGCGCAAGAAACUACGAAAGAUUUAGAGAAAUGGUACGAAGCUGGAAGGAUUGCCAAAACGAGAGGAAAUUUUGAACCGUGGGAACCUGGACAAUUACCAAAAACCGAUUUUGUGAUUCUUUACGAACGCGCCAAAGCCUUGAAAGAACGGUUAAUAGAGUUAAUUCAGUCCGAAACCGGAGAAGAAAGAUUACAAGAAUUAUUGAAUCUUCAUGAUAUUCUAGGUCAAAAUAUAGACAAUGGAGUAGGGUUCGUAGCUCCUCCAAGAUUAUUAUUACCGAGCCAAAUUGUUCCUACCGAUCAAACCUUUGGACGGACACCAAGUUCCUCAACAACACAAGGACAAGGUAUGGGUGUGAGAGAAGGGGGACAAAGAGGAAGAAGACAUACAAGAAUACCAAGUAUAGAGAUUUCUAGUCCUAAUUUCUCUAUUGGGGAUAGUGAUGGUGAUUCCGAUGCUGAGGAAUUAGACGUUUCUUUGAUGUCCACCGUGGAAAGUAUCUCACCAAGAGGAGAAAAAGUUUCGUUCAUGGAAGAAAUAUCUCCUUCUCCCACUCCCAAGAAAGAUAAAUUAGAUAAGAUGUUGACUCCUCCAAGGACAAGCGGAAUAAGAAAGGAGAUACUUGAUCCAAAUGUCGGUGAAACAUCACGAAAAGCGUUGGGGAAAGAACAAUACGUGGUGAUGGACGAACAGAAUAAACUUGAAGCACACCUUGGAAUAAAGGGGGGAGAUGUCAGACUUGGGAGACGAGAUGAGCAAAUUCAAGAUACUUUAGGUGUGAUGAAAUUGGAUGAAAACCCUUCUAGUCCAGUGGAGAAAGUCAGUAAACAAUGGGUAGAAGAGGAAGGGGAGAUAUUCAGGAAAGGAACGAAACUGGGUGUGAUUGAUGAUGAUGAAUAUGAAGAGGAGAUGAGUGGGGAACAAUUGAAGAAAGAGAUACUCGAUACUGCCGUCCCUCGUUCCCCUACCAGACGAGUCAUACCCGGUCCCUCAGAAGCUGAACUAGCUGCUGAACUCCGAGCGGCGAUGGAGGAGGAAGAUGAAUGA